AUGGUAAACUCUACAGGAUAUUUUGAUGAAGAUGAAUUAAUAUUUCAAAAUGAGAUAGAUAUUGAAAAAAAAAGAUUAGCAGAAUUUGACGAUUGGCAUUUGAUAGAUAAAGAUUUCAUUUAUAAAAACACUACUUUAAAGCAAGCAUCGUUUACUAAUUUAGGAAAUAAAAGUAUUAUUCAUUUUAUAAAUAGAAUGAAAAAACAAGGAAUAGAAGUACCUUCACCAAGAUUUUUAUAUUAUAUAACAGCUAUUAAUAGAGAAAAAGGCGUAUCAAAUCGAAUGGAAUUGGUUGAUCAUUUUGAUCCAAAUAAGCAUAGAAUUGAUAAAUAUCAUUAUUUAAAAGGUGUGAAAUCGAUUUUAUCUGUAGAGUUAAGUAUCAGUGAAAAAGAGGUGGAAAAAAUUUUAAAAGAUUUGAUUAGUAAAUACACAAAUGAUGUUAUAUAUGUUUGUUUGGAUACUGGAAAUGUUAUGAAUAGUUUUCCAAGAGAUCUCAAAAAUAGUAAUUUAAUAUACAAAGGAUAUACUGAUGUAAAUUUUGCAUCACAAAUUUCAGUUAAACUUGUUAGUUUUUUUAAUAAACUUAAAGAAAAUCGAGAGAAAAAAGAUCUAGAGUAUUUUUAUGUUUAUGUUAAACAACAAAUCAAGAAUAAACUUCUAGGAAAAACCACAGUAGCGAUUUAUAGAUUAGAUCUGAAACUUGAGAAGAGUGACGUUACACUUAUUGAUCGUGUGGAAGAUGAUAAUCCAAAUACCAAUUCUUUAUAUUUAUCAUAUGAUCUUAUUAAACGAAGUAUU